UUACUGGCUGCUUGUUGGCUUUACUGGCGAUGUGGUCAAUAUACAGCUCUUUCUGUCUCUGAAUGUUGAUGUUUCCAGCUGAUGAAUGCCGUUUGUGUGCUCGUUUGCAGACUGGGCUGACAGCCUGCUGACGUGAAUUCCCGCUUAUCAUUACACAGCUGGCUCAAGGAGAAAAUCUUCAUCUGCAGACUGGUGAGGCUACCCGGAGCCCAAGAAGCAGGAGAGACAGGUUUUCAGAGAGAGGAUAACAACCAGAGGGAGAGAGAGAGAGAGAGUUUGGUCGAACAUCCCUCAAAAUGAAGAAAAGCAGCAGUGCACAGGGGGUUACACCAGGCGAUGAGAAUAAGGAGACUCCUGCGGGACAGCUUUACUCAGGCAGCACGCUCGGGGUUGAGCUGUUCAAAGUCCACAGGCGAUUUUCUGGAAACCUGCAGCUGCCUCCAUUGUCAUGGCGACAGGCUGAAAAGGAGAGUUACAGGGGUAGGUCCCUAACACCUGAGGAAGAUCCAGUGACCCGGACCAGACCGACAAGUCUGCCUAUCGGGUCAUUGCCCCGCAUAGACAUCACAAACGCCGACCCUGACAGCUUUGAGGUGGAGAAUGGUCCGUCAUUGUGCUGCAGUCCUUUAGACCCACAGGCGUCCCCUGGUUCAGGUCUGAUCCUGCAUCCAAACCAGGCGGGUCAUGGCCAGCGGCGGGAGUCCUUCCUGUACCGCUCUGACAGCGACUACGACCUGUCACCUAAGUCUUUGUCUCGAAACUCCUCGAUUGUAGGAGAACUGCAUGGAGAGGACUUGAUUGUGACUCCGUAUGCUCAGGUUCUGGCCAGCCUGCGGACUGUCAGAAACAACUUCACCACCCUGACAAAUGUGCAGUGUGUAUCCAAUAAGAGGUCUCCUGCUGCUAAUCAGCCUUCUGCCACCAAAGUCUGUCUGUCAGAUGAGUCCUACCAGAAGCUGGCGAUGGAGACCAUGGAGGAGCUGGACUGGUGUCUGGACCAGUUGGAGACUAUCCAGACCUACCGCUCAGUCAGUGACAUGGCCUCUAACAAGUUCAAGAGGAUGCUGAACCGGGAACUGAGCCACCUGUCUGAGAUGAGUCGCUCGGGCAACCAAGUGUCAGAAUACAUCUCCAACACCUUCCUCGAUAAGCAGAAUGAGUUGGAGCUUCCGUGUCCGGUCCCUAAAUCGAGGGAGAGGAAGCGGAGGCAGGGUCAGCAGCAGCAACACCAACAGCAACAGCAGCAGGGUGGGAUGAUGACCCAGAUCAGCGGUGUGAGGAAGGUUAGCAACACACCCAGCAUCUCAGGAGGAACAGGCAACCGCUUCGGGGUCAAGACAGACCAGGAGGAGCUGCUAUCGAAGGACCUGGAGGACAUCAACAAAUGGGGACUCAAUAUCUUCAAAGUGGCCGAGCACUCUCAUAACCGUCCGCUCACCUCUAUCAUGUACACCAUAUUUCAGGAGCGAGACCUGAUGAGGACAUUCAAGAUUCCAACAGACACCUUUGUGACGUUCAUGCUGACCUUGGAGGGCCACUAUCACUCAGACGUGGCGUACCACAACAGCCUCCAUGCAGCUGAUGUUGCACAGUCCACACACAUCCUCCUGUCCACACCUGCACUGGAUGCGGUCUUUACUGAUCUGGAGAUCUUGGCUGCCAUUUUUGCUGCAGCCAUUCACGAUGUGGACCACCCAGGAGUGUCCAACCAGUUCCUCAUCAACACCAACUCCGAGCUGGCUCUGAUGUACAACGAUGAGUCAGUGCUGGAGAACCACCACCUGGCUGUGGGCUUCAAAUUGCUGCAGGAAGACAACUGCGACAUCUUCCAAAACCUCAGCAAGAAGCAGAGGCAGACGUUGCGCAGGAUGGUCAUAGACAUGGUUUUGGCAACAGACAUGUCCAAACACAUGAGUCUGCUGGCCGAUCUGAAGACGAUGGUGGAAACCAAGAAAGUGACGAGCUCUGGAGUCCUGCUGCUGGACAACUACACAGACAGGAUGCAGGUUCUGCGUAACAUGGUUCACUGUGCUGACCUGAGCAACCCGACCAAGCCUUUGGAUCUUUACCGUCAGUGGACAGACAGGAUCAUGGACGAGUUCUUCCACCAGGGAGACAGAGAGAGGGAGAGGGGGAUGGAGAUCAGCCCCAUGUGCGACAAACAUACAGCCUCAGUGGAGAGAACACAGGUUGGCUUCAUUGAUUAUAUCGUCCACCCUUUGUGGGAAACCUGGGCUGACCUGGUCCAUCCUGACGCCCAGGACAUCCUGGACAUGCUGGAGGACAACAGGAACUGGUACCAGAGCAUGAUCCCUCAGAGCCCCUCCCCUCCCUUCUACAGCAGCGACGGCGAGGACGGCCCACACGGGGAGCUGGAGGGAGUACCUGCAUCGACUAAAUUUCAGUUCGAACUGACGCUGGACGAUCAGGGCGAAGACGGGGAGGGCGGGAUGAUGGAGACUGGUGUGACACUCCAAGAUCACACCUCGGAUGAGGGCAAGGUAGAAAUGACGAGUGGUGACGUCUCCCCAGAGGAAACAUAACUGGACUGACGGUGUUUGAGUAUGCAGCUAGGUUUAGCUGUUUUUGGCUGAAUUAUUUUAAUUGCAGUGGAGAAAUCCUGCAAUCUGGCUCUUUGGAGCUGCCUGGUAAAGAGGGCCUUACUGAAUGUGGGGCACCCCUGCAAACAAGGCCAGGAAAACCAAUGGCAGUUUGUUUUUGAGCCCCCUAAAAGGGAGCUGGGGAAGAGAAGGGUCUGCUUUUUAAAGAAGGGACUACAGUCAGAAUAAAAGGCUGGAUCUUUGUUCUCACAAAGAAGGUAAAACUGACGAUUGUGUCUGAGUACUGGGACUAGUAAAAACUUCCAAACUUGCACUUAAGGACGUUUUUUAUGUUCAUUCAGAUUCUUUGUAUUGUGUAGGGAUCGGAUGGGACAUCCUCAAGCGUCCAACCAAAACUACUUGUCCACAAGUUCUGUGUUACUAAGUAUGUUUUUUUUUUUGUUUUUUUUAUCACGUUUCUCAAAAAAGUUGUGUGCCUUUUUUUAACAACCAUGUCUUUUUGUAAGUGUUUUUAUAAUUUAUUGAACACAUUCAUGUAGCUGUAAAAAUGUGUCAAAUUUUCUACUAAGCAGGCAAAAUGUUCUCACACAGUCUUCCGGAUGUUCCUGCAAUAUUUGAAGCUUCGUCUCACAGAUGCGCCUGGUUGAUGUAUUUCUAAAAUCAGUUGACUUCCCAGCACAAUUUGCACUUUGUGGCAGCAGAGAGAGUGGAGACAUUCAAUAAUUUAAAACAUGCAAAACCAAAAAGAAAUUUCAAUUAAAUUUGAUUUCAAAUUAAUUCAUUUUGAUGUUUUCAAAAGAAUCAUUUCAUAAACACUUCAAUAAGUCACAGAUCUGAUUCUUUGAAGAGAACAUGUGUAGUACUGAGUUGAUAAUCACCUUAAGAUUAAAAGAAACCUCCAAAGAGGGAAGCUCUGUUUACUGCCACCUCUGAAAAGUUUGACCCCAUGCUUGAAGAGUCAGCGGUGUAACAGACUUCCAACCUGAAGCCAAAGCAGCUCUCUUCUUGCAUCAUCCUGUAGCUAGAUGAAUAGUUAAGGCCUCUCAAAAUCAAAUCAACGAUUAAUUUGCUCAUAAUAAAUCAACAAAAAUCCCCUUACUUUGUUUUGUACCGAGCUAUGACAUCAUGAGAAAUCUGUUUCCGCUGUGUAACGCUUCAUUUGCUCUCACAAACAAACCUGUCGGGGGUUGAAAGUAUUCCAUCUUUGUGAAGACACCGUGACUCGUUUUGAUCUUUUACAUGACUGUAAGACUGCGUGCACGUUUGAAAGAGACACCUGUUAGCGAUAAAAAUCAUUGUUAUCCUGUAGUUUUUAUUCCAGCACUUUGAAUAAGCCGACACUUCAGCAGCUGGUUGCUGAUGUGUCCAACACUACCUUAAAGGUACCACAUGUGAGGUGCAACCUUCAGAAUAAAAGACAAUAUCGUGUUGUGACAUGAUAUGGACGUAUGUGUGUGUGUGUGUGUGUGUGUGUGUCAGAGUUGCACAGUCUCGAUGACUCUUCAGCUGUUUGUAACAGUCUAUUUAUUAUCUUAUUCUUGUACAUGAUAAUAUUGGUAUUGAUGGUUAAUAUUCUCUGUAUAUUUGUUAUUUAUAUGCACUACCACAUGUCACAGUUUGACUGUACUUGUCCGGUGGUUCUGAUUUCUUGUACUCAACAAGCUACUUUGCUAUAAGACCAUAACGUGAAGUCAUGCAGUUCAGUUUUUGACGAUUUGAAAUGUACCGUUUGAAAUGUUUGUACAUUCCGAGGAUCCAACAACACACCUGAUGUCAGGUGCAGAAGAAGUCUGGCUUUAUGUUUGGGUCUUUGGUUCCAGGCAGAUUAUGAAGGCUGAAUCUUUGCUGCAGUCCAUUGUGUACGGUGACGGGUCAUUGUACCGCUAAAGGAAUAUUUGCUGAAAUAUAUAAAACAUGUUUCAAAUAUAUUUUUUCAGUGUUUUCCUCACAAUAUAUUGUCAAACAGUGUAUGUUGUGUUAAAGAAAUGUUUUCUAUCGGAUUAUUAAAAUGGGCAUGUAUUACAGAA